UAUUUGGAAAAACUCAACACAAAUUGGAGCUGCUUGGACCUGCUUAAGGACAAGAGACUUGCUAUUUUUAUCAAAUACAACCCCGAGGGUAACAUUGCAGGUUACUUUGGUAGGAACGUUUUCCGACCUACUGAGAGAAAACUGAAUCCGCAGUAUGGGCGUGUUCCCCCCGAGUUUACAUGCUGUCCAGCGGGUGCCGUUCCGAAAGUGCCGACUACUUCACCUUCAACAAUGCCUAACGUGAGAGCGGCCGCGACAAAAGCAGUGUCCCUUGUUAAGCUAUUUCUUGGAGCUUUUAUCUUGGUAUCGUCAAUCUUGUAACCUUUAUAUAUAACAAAUUCGUUGCUAAUCCCAUGUAAAGGUUCUGUAGUAACAGGGCAGCUACGUCGAGAGACUUCCAGCUAUAUCUUGUGUAGACGCUCAUAAUCAUAACCGCUUAGUAGUAUUUUCUUUUAAAUAUAGAAGUUCUCAUUGAAUAGUAUAGCUAGUCAACAGUAAAUUUCAUAUCCAAAAACAAAGGAAGAUAAUAUAUUUUUUGAAAAAAAAAGAGUGACAAAAACUAUCCAUUUCAAUAGUGAUUAGGGCUGGGGUGUGGUCACUGUUGUUUAAAUAGUUUUUGUCAUAAUCGGCUGUAACGGUCACUUUUAAAUUUAUUUGGCCUGGUAUACGUUUAGUAUACGGGUCAAGUUGAUAUAAAAAAUGCGUAAGUUCGCAAUGUUAUCACCGCUGUUUGUGUUUUGUUUUUGAUUAAUGACCAUGUCCCAGGAGUAAAAGUCUUCUCUGCUUUUGUCUACCCCAUGUUUUACUUCGCUUGGAAAACGGAAGGGGAAGAGAAGCUCUGGGUACGAGGUUGGAGCUCUUAAGAAAAAGACAUUAAAAAGUGUACACCAGGUACUUAACCUCAUCCCCCAUACUUUUCCUAUAGAAAAACGGAAAAGCUCUGGGGACGAGGUUGUCAAGUACCCUUUUCUUGAUCUUUAUUAUUAUUUUCGUGAUAUGUUUACUCUUGCAAGCCAGAUACAUUUGCAUGAUACAAGAAAUUCCAGCGCUUUUUUAUAUACCUCAUUGUCGAACUAAUUUUCGAAAAUUCUCAAUUCGGUUUCAAGGUCCUAAGUUUUUUUUAACUCGCUAAGUCGUGAAAUUCAAAACACUGAAAGUAUCAGUUUGUUCUUCAAAAGAAGAUCCCGUCUUUCUUAGUGAAAUAUACUCGUUGUUGAGCUACACACCUUUUAUUUUUCUUUAUUUUUAAAAAUUAAUCCAUUUUUCAUUCAGUACACUUAACUCACAUGGUUUACCCUAUAGUUCCAGGAAGCCUAUGGUGUAUAAGUCCCCGGCUUCUAUGUAGGUUUCCUUGUCAUUACCACCAGAGGGUACUAAUGGGGGUACCCAAUUCUCAGUUAACUACUAAUUUUUUGGCCAAAUAGCAGUUAACUACAAUUUUUUGGCCAAUUCUCAGUUAACUGUUAAUUUUAGUUAGCUUUGGUUAGCUAUUAUCUUUCACUUUCCUACACUGAGCGAAUAUUAUUCCGUUAUAACCCCAAUGUCUUUUUACUUCAGCACGUCAAUCACUUUUGGGGGUAGGCCCUACUAAAAUCAAGGUAUAAAUUUACAUGAAUUCAGAUAAACUCCGCCACUAGUACAAUUUAGAAGUAACUGAAAAUAUUGAAGAGAUUUUAAUUAUCUAACCGAAGUAGUAAAAAUGGGUAAACGAUAGCUCUUAAGACUCCUAUUAACCGAUUUUUGCUGUAAGUAUAAUUUAGAUUACCGUAAAAUUCCGAAAAUAAGCCCCUCCAAAUAUAAGCCCCCCAAUCCGGUAACGCAAAAAACCCUCCGUUAAAUCGCCCGUCCAAAUAUAAGCCCCCCGGGCGCUUGUACGUGGAAAAUUGCCCUCAAAUACAAAGUAAAACAAACCAAAACUGUAAAUUUACUUCCAACUAUAAGGCUAGCCCAAUCGAUUUUGAAACGCGAAUUUCCCUCCGUAGAUAAGCCCCUCCGAAUAUAAGACCCCUUCAAAAACAAGCCCCUCAAAAAGGGCCUUUGAAAAAUAUAAGCCCCGGGGCUUAUUUUCGGAAUUUACGGUAAGUCAUAUACCCAUCAAUAUGACACCAGCGUCAAAGAUCCAGACGCACCAGUUAUGAUCUUGUACCAAGAGAGGAUAAAGGGGACAGAGCAGGCAUUCCCCAUACACACCCUAUUCCACAGGUAAUUCGUCUCGAGUUAUUUUUAGAAUCGGGAUAAAGUUACCUCGCCCGCUGCGUGGAUGUUUCGUGGAGGUUUCGCAUGACUAAACGCCGUGCAAAACACGUCCGGCGAAAGGCAAUGAAAGCGUAAAGAGAUGGAGAGCAUUUCUGAAUAUUGAAGCAAAAUGAGUCGGCGCUCACCUGGGACAAGGGAAUCGCUAGACUCUUUGACAACCCGUGAAAUCAGUUUAACUCGAAGUUGUCGUAACCUCAGUGCUUUAAUAAAAUGAGAAAUUUCGCCGGUCUGUUGAAACCGGUCGUUUGUACAAUAAAGCAAGUAGGACGCCAAGUGUUAUUUUUGUUGAAUAAUAAGACUAAUGAAGGAAUAAAUAUCAAACCAGAAAUUGCUCUCUUCAAACUGUAAAUUAUAAAUGAUCCUGAGAGAAUAUUCAGUGUGUUAAGGAUUUCCCUGCUGUACUGUUGGUUCUAUACAAGAGAGGAAGGGCGAUUCUUUUUUUAUUUCCGUUUUGCUGACACAGCUUUAGCAGAAAUCUCUCUGUAGCCGUUUUCGUCGACAAAACGAAUAGCAAUAUCGCUCUUCGCGUCUUCCGCCAUAUUGUUCUGCGUCAAUUCGUGAAGGACGCCUGGCUCUGACCGUGGGCAUCCACGCGGAACACAUUCGCGCUGUGUGAUUGGCUGUUGUUUAGCCCCCCUUGGGAUCUGUGGUCUUAAAAAUAACUCGAGACGAAUUACCUAUGGAAUAGGGUGUGUAUGGGGGAUGCCUUCUCUGUCCCAUUUAUCCUCUGUUGUCUUGUACUGAUCUACCCGACCUGGCCGUGCAUGUCCUACCAUAAACUGCUUCUUCGUCACUUACAUUAUUUGAAUCAGUCUCGUAGUUAUCUGGUUGCUGUAUGUCCUGUAUCUUGUUUGUUGGGAAACAAUAUCAAUGCCGAAAUAUAGUCUUAAAUAACAAAACUGGACCUUUUUUUUUUUUGGAAUUCACUUGAUGCAGAAGAACGUUUUAGUUCUAAAAGGAUAGCAAACAGCAUGACAUAGUCCCGUGACGCUGGUGGUAAAGAUCCCGCUUUGUCUUGAGUUGAUUCGCUUCUUAUAGUUCGUUGUCAAACAGUCCCUCAUCACAACUUCUCCUCUGUCACUGUUUGCACUAAUGGGAGAGACAUGUGAGAGUGCUGACAAAGGCAUGAAAGUAUUUUAAGAAACGGGGCAAUUCGACUUUUCGUGAAUGAAGUCCACUUCGAAUUCAUAAUUCUUUAAAGCGAUUCCUUUACUGUGGUUCCAAAGUCUUGGGCGUAUUACAAAGUACUAAAUGAAUGUUUUGUGUUAAAGUGAGAUACCGCGUGUAGGUUUUCCACCUGCGUUGUCGGAAGUUUUUCGUACAUCGAUACAGACUUUGUCGACAUCCUCUUUCGCGUCCCUCAUUUUCGCGUACUUCAAAAAGUCAUAAAGAUAUCCAGAUAGAGAUAGCCCUAGUGUUAUCAAGGGCGCUCCUGACAGGGCAGUCGCGUAGGUUGCUAUAACGGUGAUACGCACAUAAAAUGCGUAAGGGCUGAAAGAUUGCUGCUGUUUCACGGUCAUCUCGUACCAAGUACAGGUUCCUUGUGAUGAUUUUGUUGACCAGCGCGUUGGUAGGGUGGUAUGUCAACACCAGAGGGAUGGUACCUGGCUCCCGUCUGGCUCUGAAAUGAGCGCUGCACGGAAGUGGCAAUAACUCGAUCGCGGGCUUGACUAAUAAUCCGUUGCGGGUAGCCACGGCGUUUGAAAAGAAAAACAACAACAACAAAAAAACAACAACAACAAAAAAGAAAACCAUCCAUUUCUAGGCUCUUUUCUUUAAAAUUAGUCUCGUUACUGUAGAUGCACCGUAAGCGGAAAAACUGACUAUAGGGGAUAGUUUCCUAACGACGAGUGGGGUGCGAGAAUGCAUAAUAAAGGUAAGAAUGGGUAUCAGUUGUAUUGAAAUUGUAAUGUAUGUUUUUAACGAGACGAUCAGUUGUUGGCUUCAAAACCUGGUCGUGAGAUGGACCAAGUAAACUUUACACUGGGAUGAAAACCAUCCACAAAGGUAGCAAAAUCUUCGAUUUCUUGUCUACUACCAGCGAAGGCUCUGGCAAUGUCGUCGAUAUACCGCUUGUACAGAUCGGGUGUUCACCUUGUCUACUGAUCAGAGAUUUGUUCCUCGAUGUGACCCAUAAACAGGCACACAUAAUUGGGCCCAAAUCGACUCCCCAUAGCGACUCCUCCGAGUUGCCUGUAAUAGCGGAGCACCAUGGGUAAGAAAACUUGGUUAUCUAUGCAUGCAAGAAAUUUUGGUUCUGAGAAAAUCGUCCGUACGCGUCCGUACGUACGACCACCUCUUCAUGUAAGCCGGGGUGAAAUUUUGCAUUUCAAGUACCCGCGCGUUUCGGCGGUAAAUCGCAAAGCCAGCCGGGACUUUUAGAGAUAAAAAGAAAGAACAACAACAACAACGCCGAUUCUGAUGGUGGAAUAAUGUAAAUGAUGGUGAUGAUGACAAUAGCGUUGAUAAUGAUGAUGAUGAUGAUGAUGAUGAUGAUGAUGAUGAAGAUGAUGAUGAUGAAGAUGAAGAUGAUAAGGUUGUCGAUAAUGAUGACUUAAUUUUAAUGUCUAUAUUGACGCGGAUAACAGAGAAAGAGCUAGAGCUAAAAAACGAAGGAGACCAAUUUUUUUGUAAGAAUAACUUGAAAAUUUUAUAUCGGCGGUGAGAAAAUUAGAAAUGCUAGCGGCCUCCAAGAUGAAAAUGAGUGGCAGUGAAAAAAAAAAAAGUGAACAGGAAUACAUACAAAAUUUCCUCCAUAAAACGUGUAACUAGGAAGUUUCUGGGAGUUUCACGUUGUAGUCGUGCACAACAACGGCAAAGAAAUGUACAAAAAAAGUGUGCUGCACGUGCAAAGUUGUUUUUUUGCUAAUUAGACCCAUGUACUGAUUUUUUUGGCUGUUUUUGUUGCCGCCGCUACUAAGCAUUACACGAUUUUAUGUUUUGUUCCAUUCAACUAUAGAUAUUGACGAAAGCUUCGCUUUUACCCCCGGAUAAAUCUAUAUUACUUUCCAUUCAAAGAGAAAGUAUUCAAUGUAGUUAAAAAGGAACUAACUCUGCGAGGCGAACAAGAGUGUGUGUUGAUGGUUGAAGGACAGCUCUCUUAUUAAGGAAAUGUGUAAGAGCCAAGAGACCAUCUCUGUUAGGGAUGGUAGUGAGUUCAGGUAUUUGAUCUGGCCAUGGUGAAAACAUACUUAUGCUCCCCAGGGAAACGAAUAGAUUCGGUGAUACAAAGCAUGUGUUUUGUAUCUUACGUAUAGCUGCGUUGAUUUUGGACUAGCGGGUUGGUGAUUGUGUCUUAGUACUUGGCAAUAAGUUCUGCUGGGCAAUUACAUGCGGAGACAAUAUAGGCCUACCAGGAUUACAAGGCUAGUGAAUUUUCCGCAGCCGAUAGAAUCUUGACGUGCGAGGAUUAUACACAGUGAGAUUCAUGGCUGAUUCCUUUAGUUCACUUUUCAAGAUGACCGCCUUACCCUGCUAACCAUGUUGUUAUGUCUAUGGUGUAGUUACGGUCUUCUUGUUGGUAGAAGUUGUUAUCCGAGAAUUGUCUUUCUGGCUCUUCUAUAUAAAGAUGUCGAGCACAAACCGCCACCGCUUCUCCCUCAUCCUCUGGCUUUAUGAUGAUGUCACUGCGUUGCUGUGAAGAUAAUAGAGCGGCUCUUUGUUGUGGAGUGAGGUUGGUUCUCUUGAGGCGUUGCUUUAAGUCCACUUGCUAAACUCUCUUCGACAUGUACACUUGUAGAUGUAAUAGUCUAAGGUGUAGAGUGUCCGGUAGGUUGAGUCCAAGUGGAUGUCUUAGGCUUUAAAGAUUCAGGGAGAUUUUAGAGUUUGAUGACGACAAAGUUAAACACUCUUGGUUUUAACACAAGCAACCCAAGCUCAUGAAAGUUGGGUGUGAUACGAUGUUGCGUACCGUAUUUCCUCUAAUAAUAGCCGUCCCUCGAUUAAUUAGUACAAUUUUGCUGAAAAGUACCUUUCAUGACCAUAAUAUUAGUAAUUAUUGUUUGUGAGUACGAUUUUCUUGAGUGUGUUUAUUCAGUUAUGCAUUACUUAGUUUUUGUUUCAUUUUUUAUGCUUAAUUUUUGGUUGAGAGCCACGCGUAUAUUAUCUGUGGAUAUCAAGUGAAACCCUCAUUAAAAAAGUAUCUAUCUAUCUAUCUAUCUAUCUAUCUAUCUGUCUGUCUGUCCGUCCGUCCGUCCGUCCGUGCGUCCGUCCGUCCGUCCGUCCGUCCGUCCGUCUAUCUAUCUAUCUAUCUAUCUAUCUAUCUAUCUAUCUAUCUAUCUAUCUAUCUAUCUAUCUAUCUAUCUAUCUAUCUAACUGCGGCCUACAGGCCCCCUAGCUGUACGGUUGGCUUCUUUGAAGCUUUAGAAGCUAUUGUUCGCAUUAUUGACAUGGAAUCUAAGGAACAAAUUAUCUUAGGCGAUUUAAAUUGCAAUUAUCUACCGGAUAGAAAUAACAUGCACCUGUCUCAGUUGAAGCAAUUAAGUUCGACCUAUCAGUUUCAACAACUAAUCAAUGAACCUACUAGAAUCACGCCAAAUUCUAAUACACUUAUUGAUAUAAUAUUAUCAAAUGAACCCUCAAGGAUUUUAAAAUCAGGAGUGGUGCAUAUGGGAUUAAGUGACCAUAGUAUGGUCUAUGCAGUACGUAAGUUUGCCAUUUCAUCUAAAAACACUCAUAAGCAUGUGACCACUCGUUCUUUUAAAAACUUUAAUGCAAGUGCUUUCAGAGAAGACCUAAAGUCAGCGCCCUGGGAUAGCCUAAGAAAUUGCACUACUCCCGAUGAAAUGGUUGAAAUCUGGGAAAAUAUGUUUUUAAAAAUAGCUGACGCUCAUGCGCCCAUAAGAACGCGGCGAGUAAGAAAUAAAAAAUCCCCUUGGAUUACUACUGAUCUGAGGGAGCUGAUAACAGGUCGAAACAGACUGAAAAGGCAGGCUAUAUUAACAAAACAGCCAUCUAUCUGGGAUAAAUAUAGAAAAGAAAGAAAUAGAAUAAAUAAUGAGAUUAAAAUGGCAAAAGCGAAUUAUUAUAAAUCAGAAGUGGAACAAAAUGUGGGUAACCCGAAGGAAAUAUGGAGGACAAUCAAUGAAUUAACAUAUCGUAAGUGCACUAGUAACUCUUCAAUAAGUGAACUAAAAAGUGGUGAUAAUUCCUUCACAAAACCCGCAGAAAUGUGUGAGAUUUUAAAUGACCAUUUUACAUCUGUCGGUCCAAACCUAGCCUCCACACUGCCUAGUGGAAAUACAAGUUUUGACUCUUACAUAAAGCCUGUUUCCACGACUUUUAAUUUACAACAUACCUCUGCCACUGAAGUUUUAAAGUUAUUAGGUAAAUUAUCUCCGAACAAGGCCACUGGCCUUGAUAACAUCUCAUGUCGGCUUCUAAAAGAAGCUGGCCCAAUUAUUGCCACUUCUUUAACCUGUAUCAUAAACAAAACCAUAGAUACUGGCCUCUUUCCUUCACAGUGGAAAAUGGCUAAAGUAUUUCCUUUGUAUAAAAAGGAUGAUCGCACAGAUGCACAAAACUAUAGACCAAUAUCUGUCUUGCCAGCCAUUUCUAAGAUUUGUGAAAGGGUAGUCUACGAUCAACUAUACGGGUACUUAAAUUCAAAUGGCCUGUUAACAAAAAACCAGUCUGGAUUUCGUUCCCUUCACUCUACAGUGACAGCGCUGUUACAUUUAACAAAUAAUUGGUAUCUUAACAUUGACAAAGGCAUGACCAAUUUGAUUGUGCUUCUCGAUCUUGCCAAAGCCUUUGAUACCGUUUCACAUAAUAUUUUAUUAAAAAAGCUUGAGCUCUAUGGUCUGAAGGGUGUAACGCUCGACUGGUUUUCAUCGUACCUAUCAGAUAGGCAACAGCAGUGUGUAGUAGAGGGCUGUGUAUCUAAGCCCCAGUUGAUAAGUUGUGGAGUUCCACAGGGUUCAAUUUUAGGCCCUUUGUUGUUUUUAAUUUAUAUCAAUGAUCUCCCUGGAUGUCUUCUCCAUACCAAAGCACACAUGUAUGCCGAUGAUACCACGAUAUAUGCGUCCUCUGUAUCCACUGCUGAACUAUAUGCCAAGGUAAAUAAUGACCUAACUCGCGUUAGGGACUGGCUUCUUGCAAAUAAGUUAAGCUUAAAUGUCACUAAAACGGAGUAUAUGUUCUUAACAACUACCUUCAAAUUAUCUAACUUAGGAAGAGACUUUCCAAUUAAGAUUGGCAACAAUCAUGUUAAACGAGUCCAAACAACAAAAUAUUUAGGAAUUCACUUAGAUGAAAAUCUUAAAUGGAACGAGCAUGUUGACAAACUUUGUUCAAAAGUCAAUCGAUCCAUCGGUGGUCUAAAACAGGCACGUGAUUAUGUACCAUUAGAUGUUCUAAAUACUAUUUACAAAUAUUUACAAAAUUUUCGCUGUAUAUACUGUCAUUUCGGGCAAAUGUGUGUUUGUCAUUAAUUUUUAAGCUAAAAUACAUUAGUCCAAAGCUGCUGUAGCAAAUGCCAGUAUUUUCCUAGUAAGUGCUUGGUCUCUCAAUACUCGAUUAUUUUAGACUUUCGAUAUCUGACGAGAAUGGGAAUUAACAUAUUUGCAAAUUUUCAUAAAAAGUCAGACUGUACUGCAUAAACAAUUGUGCGUAAAUCGUUAUCCAGUAUAUACAUAUAUAUUUUUACUUAUGUGUGUUAUACUGAUAAACAUUUUUGGGCGAAUAACUUCUUUCUACCUGUAUAUUAAUAUUUAUUACUAGUAAAAAAUUUUGGCGAGGAGCUCUACGCGAGGACAACCACUCUGUAUAAUAAUAAAUAUAUUUAUUAUUUUACAGAAUGAUUGAUCUCGCGUUGAGUUCCUCGCCUAGAAUGUUUUACUAGUAUAUAGUUGUUAAUAUAUAGGGUGAUUGUCUUCGCGAAGAGUUUCUCGCCCAAAUUUUUUUAUUAGUAUAUAUUUAUUGUUUUACAGAAUGAUUGAUCUGGCGUAGAAUUCCUCGCCCGAAUUUUUUUUCUAGUAUAUAUGUGUUGUUUUUAUAUAUAAUGUUUUUACUGAGUAAAGUUAACAUUGUUCGCACAAAAUUAUUUAUACAGUACUGUCUCACUUUUUCGCAAAACAUACCGCUGAGAUACAUUUGAUCCUUUCGGUCUUCGAACAGACAAAGCCAAAAUGACGUUGUGAACCGGCAGUGCCCAAUAGCUAAAUAUUUUCAGCCCGCACAAAAACUAACAGAAAACGGUUUCGUUUCCUCAGAAGAACCGCCAGUUUUACCCUUUGCUAUCUUCACCCAUGAAAAGAAGCUUGUAAGCUUUCUAAUAGAGAUUAUAUUAAAACAAAAUAAAUAUAGAGGCUUUCUGCCAAUUUGUGUAAAAGCAUGCAUGCCUUGCGAAAAUGGGUACAGGCUGAAGUAGGUUUCAUCUACUUAGAAUUGGAUGACAAAAUCAAAUCGAAGUGUUACGUUUCACAUUUUUGUUUUCGUGGCAAAUAUUAGGAAGAAACGAAAAAAUGGCCGAAAGUGAAACAUUUUUCAUAUUUUACCAAGUUGGCAUAGAUUGCUGAGUGUCCACAUAUUUGCCAGCAUGUUUUGGACGGGCGCGUCGUCAAAGACGCAACUUCCUCUCUACUUUCAAGGCCUGCCGUAUUGCGAAUGCCCUCGCCCACGACAACCCGGAAAGAAAAUACGUAGUGUUGUUAAUAGUAAUCCAUUUUCAGAAUUUCCAUUUGCCCCUGGAAUUUUCCAGUGGGACGAACCAAACAAACGUUUACCAUUUAUUUCACAACCGAAAUUUCCGGGAAUUUGUGGUAAAUGGUAAACAACCGCUAAUAAUAUUGAUGACAAAAAUGUUGCAUUUCAACCUCGUUUCCAAGCUCCUCUCUGGAUACUCGUCCUCACCAAGGCAGAGACUAGUACGAAGGACCGUGUGAAAGACGUUGAUUGAAUUUCUGUACACUAUUCAUACAUCUCUUCGUAUCCAUAUGUUUCCCUAUGGUUAAACUUAUCAUUUACCCCUUGACUGAACGUUUCAACGGUCGUUCCACCGUACGCUAAUUCGUUUUCGUUCGGUAUCGCGUACAUUUUUAUAAGUAUUAAACGGCGUCGCUUGCGCCCAAGGGGAGGAGGGUUUUGAAGGGUUUCAAAAGUGUUCUCGAUUGUAGGAUUUCAAUUCUGUCAAUUUACUUAUCAUUCUCAAUAGCUCUUUAAGACAAGAUAUUUCUAAAUUAAUUCAAACAAGUUAGAUAAGAGGAGAAAAAAGAAAACGACCCGAAUAAUAAUAAUAUAUGAACAAGUAACAAGACGACCCACGUAAGCUAAGCCAGUCGACUAUAACGUCGGGCAAAAUUUAGUGUGUCCAAGGUUCAAAAAAAGUAAUAGAUUAGAAAAGCAAAAAUUAUAACUCAGUAUUGUGGGUGGGUUCUAUAGUUUUAAUGAAUAAAUAGAUAGAGAGUUAAGUUGCGAAAUGUCCUUAUUCAGGAUGUUGCAAGUUAUGGAUGCAGAUAUGUAGAUAUAUGUUUCAAAAGAAACUGUGCUGUGUGGUGAUAGCCUGCGAGUAGCAGGCUCACCGGUGCAAUUUUGGGGAAAAUUUUGGCUGCGGAACCGCCGGCGCGAGCUGACGAAGCCGGCAAUAAGAAUGCGGAAUAGGCCGAGCUAUUUUUUUCGCCGGCUAACGCUUGCGGAUCGGUCGCUAAAAUUUUCUCCGAAAGCGCCCAAGUAAGGUGCCUGCAGCGCGCAGGCGCCGGCCACGUUGUUAGGGAAAUAAAACACAAAAAUUUGGCUUAGCGAGAGCUAGAGACGUCAGCCAUUGAACCUUUUCACGGUACUAUUAACUUAUAAAGCCAAGGUUUUACUGGAUAAAUGACUUACAGGACUGAUUUUCAUUGCAGUUACAGGUAAAAUGUCCUUUAAAAAUCAGUGUAUCUAUUGGCACAACUAUUUCCGCACACUCCAUCAGGUAAAUAGCUUUGUAAUUUCUAGCGCAGGUUGUGGAAUUAGAGUAGAAUUACUCUGAAAAUUCAGAGAAUAGGAUUGAAAUUUUUAAAAUUUAACGGAUGUUUUGUAUAUUGGGUUUGCAAAAAGGGAAUUCCUAGGUGUCAAUUUUGGAAUCAUGGGUUGAAGGGGUGGUUAAUCUCAUAAUUCAGUUCAUCUUCUUAUGUCAUUUAUAUUGAUCUAUCUUCCUUUUCCUUUUCUCUACUUAAUUUCUUCCCAGUUAUAAAUUACUUUUAUUUUCCUCUGCCCACCUCAAUUAGCCAAGCUAUUUGCGAGCAGAGGAUGUUUGUGUUACAUUUAUGUAUUGUGUUACAUUUAUUUAUUGAUUUAAUUUACCUAAUUUGAUUUGUAACUUUUGAAGAUCAGUAAACUUCAACUUUUAAUUUACUUAACUUAAUUUGUAACUUUAAUUUGUAACUUAUGAAGAUCGAUAAACUUCAACUUCAACUAUAAUAAUAAUAAUAAUAAUAAUGAUAAUAAUAAUAAUAAUAAUGACUGUUUAUUAAGACUAAUUGCAGCAAUAUACAUAAUGGCUGAAUUACAGAGCUAUUUACAAAACAUAUAAUACUUAAAUAUAAUACAAUAAAUCCGAUAAAUACUAGAAAAUAUAAUUGUACAAGCCACUAGGCAUACUUAUGCGUGACAAACUCUUGCGUGCGCUUGGUCCUACAGGUAGGACGCGUGGAGCAGCUAAUGCCAGAUCUAAGAUUAAAAUUAAAAUUCUUCAACUUCAUUGGUUCUAAUUGUGAGGGAGAUAAUCUUAUGAUUUUGCGUUCUAGGGGUGAGCCUACACCCCAACCGAAAAAAAAAAAAAGGCGACACUGUCCAACCUCUAUGUGCGACCAACUCUCAAUCUUGACCACCUCCAAUAAACGACUAUCUGCCCAAAACACCCAAAUGUUCCUAGUUAAAUAAUUACAGUAGGAGACUUCUCUUAAAUUAACGACCCUCCGACCACGCAACUCCCACUUGAGGGUAACAGUUCUCUAAAGCAACAUUACAUGACCUUCAUUGGGAAAAAACACUCAAACUAAAGAGGUAUGUUUUGUCUAUUUUCUAUUUUAGAGGGUUAAAUUUUUUUUUCUUCAGGUCCCCAAUGUCACAUGGUCCAAUAGUCUUCAGAAAGAAGCGGAGGACUGGGUCAAAUAUCUAGCAGAAAACGACAAGUUUGAACAUAGCGAAAAGAAUCCUGGGAAUUUAUACCUGUCCCAUCCUAACGAUUACCCCGCAGAGUAUUGCAGUGAUGCUAUACAGUGGUUUCAUUGGGAGGAGAAGUAUUACAAUUACGACAAACCCGGUGAUGUCUAUAAAGCGGGACAUUUUACACAGGUAUGUUACUGGAUGGUGAUAUAAACACGUCAAUGACGUUAUCAUGGUCCAACAUCUCGUUCCCGGGCUAAUAUUGAAUAUCGUUGUGCGGGGCAUUUUAUACACAGGUUGUAUUAAAGCCUGAUAAAAAUUAUCGAAUGGUUUGAUAGAUUACGAAAAUCUUGUACCGGGAUAUCCAGAGGAGUAUUGCAGUGAUGCUAUACAGUGGUUCCAUUGGGAGGAAAAGUUUUAUAAUUACGACAAACCCGGUUAUAAUCAAGCAGCGGGACAUUUUACUACGGUAUGAACAAUAUAUUUCGUGUUGGAAUAAACAUUGACUGAAAUAGUUUGAUAAAUAAAUGAGUUAUUAUUCUUUCAAAAAUCAGUUUUCCCUUUUCUGACUGUUUCAAAUCUGUGGUGAAUUAUGGGAUCGCAUUCGGCGCAUGAUUUAAAGCCUGUUCAGCUCAUAGGGGAUACUGUUGUAUUCUAGGCAAACUGACGACACAUUCAGCAGCCACAUGCGCAACGCUAAGCACUUCAGUGACCAUAGAGGCAGAAUAUUGCCGUGUGGAUUACUGUUGUGCGAUUACUCUAGUGCUGCUCGUACUUCUAGUCUGCUACACAGCCGUUUUUAGUGUCGUCACGCAACGCUCCUCCCCACAAGGAGGAGCGUUGCGUGACGACAAUUUAAAGUAAAAUUAAUACUGUUUCGUCACUUUCAGCAUUCUUUGUUUUGUUUGUUUUUUAUUUUCAGGUGGUUUGGAGAAAUUCCAAAGAAAUUGGGGCAGCGUGGGCCAUUCGCAAAGACAAGAGACUUGUUGUUUCUAUCAAAUACAACCCCGGAGGCAACUAUGGCGGUUACUUCGAUAAAAACGUUUUCCCACCCAUUGCUCGUACUCUAGGUUCUAAAUGGCCUUACAGUCCACCCAAGUUUACAUGGUGCCCAGUACCAACACUACCAACAACGGAUUCUACGGAUGGGGCGCCUGCAACUGGAAAAGGGUUGAUCUGUAGUCUUUACUUGGUUAUUGGGUCUUUAAUCUUUGCUGAUUUAAUGUUAUGA